AUGGGAUUGUUAUUAUCCUUACAAAUACCCCAUCUUCUCACGCGAUCUUUUAAACGAUCCAUCAAUUAUCGAAUCUCCGAAUGGGAAUGGAUGGCUUCUUUCGGAGAAUUCCUUUGUGAACUCCCCGAAAUGAUCGAGCAAAUCCCGAAAGUAAAGAAGAUCCGAAUCAAGUCAAUUCUUGAUUCAUAUCGGGAGAAAUUCGCAACAAUGGAUCAAGAAUUGGAGGAGAAAUUUCGAGCAUUUGAAGAGUCUUUGAACAAAGCGAAUGGAUCAGUCUGGUUU